CAAAUUCGUAGUAGGACAAAUUCUUUGAGAUGCAAUGGGAUUCCCGCUACUUAAACGUUUAACAUCUAGUGUAUCAAGCAUAGCGAACGGCAACAUUCUUUGCUCAGAAGCGGGUAUUGUGCUUCGAUCCUACGAAAUCUUGUUGAUUUGUUCAUACAUCGUGUGUUGGGACCUCCUUGUGUGGAGUGGCAACAUCUGAACUGCAGAUCUGGAGAUUGUGGGCUACCACCUCACUCAACUUGUAUGCUGGAGUCAAGGCAUUAAAAGUUAUCCAAGCUAAUCUGUCAAAUAUUUGUUCAAAGCUCUGUAUUUUAUAGUGUAAUCAAUUAAAACUUGACAAAUUUUAAAAAUUGAAUUGCAUUGAAAAAACUUCAAGAGCAACCAUGAAGAUGUCAAAGACUGUUGGAGGUACUGCUGGUGACAGUACUGGUGGAUCAACUGCUGUCAGUGACAUGAGGGCGGAACUCGCGGAGCUUGUCAAGCGUAGAGCUGAAAUUGCUGACAACUUGGCUUUGCUUGAGAGACAAAUAUAUGCCUUUGAAGGCUCAUACCUUGAAGAUACUCAGUUAUAUGGUAACAUUAUCAGGGGCUGGGAGAGAUAUCUAGUUACUAAUAAAACCAACACUCCUGCAAAUGCUAUGAAUGACAAACGGAACCGCAAAGUGAAAGAAGCUGACAGACUUUUCAGCAAGUCUUCAAUCACCUCCAUGGCAGCAGUAAAUGGCCUAGUUGAAGGUGGAGGAGGAGCAUCAGUGGCAGAAGCUCCUUCAGCUGCUGCAACAGCUGCAGCCAGCCUUGCAUCAUCUGAUCUCAACUCAGAGAAUGAACAUUCGGGUCUGGAGGAUGAUGGCAACAAGGAUGUGGCUUCUGUCAUCUCAGAAAGUAUCCGGGAUGGUAGCUCACUGCAAAAAGUUUCAAAAGCUUCUCACAAAAUUAAGAAAACCAAUAAGAAAGCUAGACAUCGCUGAAAUGGAUACUUCUUUCAUGUUCAUGCAGAAACCCUAGAAUAGACACCAGUUAAAUUAUAAAUUUAAUUUUUGACAUGAAUAAUUCACUAAAUUGUAAAAUUGCUAAUUCAACAAUAUUAGACUAACUUUUUUUAAGGGAAGUUCUUUUGUAUUAAUUUCAAUUUAGCUUGUACAUAUAUGUGUGUGCUUAUUUGUAAGUUGAAAUAAUAGAUUCGCCACCAUGAAAUUGUAAUGUAUGUUAGUUCAUAGAAAAAUAUUUCACUCCAUGAUUGUCAUCUAUCUCAUUACAUUUUCUUCAUUUAUUCCUAACCUAAAUCACAAAAGCAUUGACAUGUCAGUUGAUUUAUUAAAAGAGCUUAUAUUCAUUUUUAUGCAUGCUUAAAGUUGUGAUGUAUGUUUUGUAUAACUGCUUCAGGUAUGCCAGUUUUUUAUCACUAAAAAAUUAGUGGAGGAAUAUCUUGUCAUUGCAAUAUUUAAAUUGGUUACUUCAGUGAUGCACCUGUUAGAUUACAGUAGAUGGAUUCAAAGUAUGCAAGAUACUGAAGGUUUUGUUCAUCUGAUUUUCUUGUAAUUCCACUGAAUUACUUGGUUCAUUGAGUACAUUUAUUGAGCUGUGCAUAAAAUAGUAUUGUACUAGAAUAAUAUGAUCCAAGUAAAUUUAGAAUUACUAGCCUUAGACUACCUUGAUAAUUUGUUUCACUUAAUAAUAUUAUGACCAUAUUAUUAUUUCUUGCAUUGUAUAAUACUGUAUGUCAAUUUAUUAAUGUUAAAUGUUGUUGAGUACUUAUGUGGUUGCAAAUGAAAUAUUUGCAGCAGCUACAUCUAAUAAAGUAAAAUUACCAA